AUGCCUAUACACUUACUCAACACAACUCUUCAAGCCGCCGCGCUGAGCGGCAUGUCGAAUGUCAUGGCCCAAUACAUCAAAGCAUAUCGAGAAGAGAAACCAUUCGCCCUCAACGUCCGCUCUCUUCUCCAAUUCGUCCUGUUCAGUCUCAUCUCCUGUCCGCCGAAUAUCCUGUGGCAGGAGUUCCUCGAGACCCAAUUCCCGGGAUAUACUGUCGUCUCUACCAGUCAUGGUGACGGCGAGAGGACGCUCAACAAGGCCAACACGGCGCGCAAGUUUCUGUUUGACCAGACGCUCGGGGCGUUUGUGAAUACCGUGGCCUUUGUGGCUGCUAUGGCUGCGUUCAAGGGUAAGAAUUGGAAAGGGGUGCAGAGAGAUGUUGAAAGGGACGUAGUACCUCUCAUGAUCAACAGCUGGAAACUGUGGCCUGCGGUCGCACUGAUUAACUUCACCCUCGUCCCUGUCGAUAGGCGGGUCAUUGUGGCGAGUGUCGUCGGUCUGUUCUGGGGGAUCUAUCUCAGUCUAUUUGCGGCGCUGGAUUAG